CCCGCCCCUCGCUGCCAGGCUGGGCCUCGCUCCGCGUUGCUUUUCCCAGGCCGGACAAUAAGGGACCCCUCGUCCCGCCCCUCCCCGGACCGGCUCCAGCGCUUGCACUAGCGCCUUCGUUUGCCCCGGGGCCCGCUCUGCCCGGGGCCAUGAAUAUCUUCAGGUUCCUGGGGGACAUCUCCCACCUGCUGGCCAUCAUCAUCCUGCUGCUCAAGAUCUGGAAGUCCCGGUCCUGCGCCGGUAUUUCUGGGAAGAGCCAAGUUCUGUUUGCUGUUGUCUUCACUACCCGGUACCUGGACCUGUUCACUAACUUUAUCUCCCUGUACAACACCUCCAUGAAGGUAGUGUACGUUGCCUGCUCCUAUGCCACAGUCUGGAUGAUCUACAGCAAAUUCAAGGCCACGUACGAUGGGAAUCAUGACACUUUCCGGGUGGAGUUCCUAGUAAUCCCCACAGCUGUGCUUGCGUUCCUGGUGAACCACGACUUCACUCCCCUGGAGAUCCUCUGGACCUUCUCCAUCUACCUGGAGUCGGUGGCCAUCCUGCCACAGCUGUUCAUGGUGAGCAAGACAGGUGAAGCGGAGACCAUCACCAGCCACUAUCUCUUCGCUCUGGGUGUCUACCGUGCCCUGUACCUCUUCAACUGGAUCUGGCGUUACCAGUUUGAGGGCUUCUUCGACCUCAUUGCUAUCGUGGCUGGGCUGGUGCAGACCAUCCUCUACUGCGACUUCUUCUACCUCUACAUCACAAAGGUUCUGAAGGGAAAGAAGCUCAGUUUGCCAGCAUAGUGCUGACCCAGUAUCACUGCCCUCCUUUGACACACGAGGAGGAAGAGGAGGGGAGACUGAUCUUACAAACUACAGACACGUACCAUUUCUGACACUUUUUUUUCUGUUUUAGUUUUGUUUUUGUUUGUUUGUUUUUUUUACCAACCAAACCAGCUACAAGCCGAACUGAGCUUUUGUCUUUUCUGUCACCUGGAACUUUUAGCUACUUGAGCAAGAGACCACAGUGAUUUGGGAUGAAAUAGCAUCCCUAUUCGGAUGCAUCUUUUCUUUUUUUUUUUUAUCGUCAAGAAACUGGUCUCUGGGUUUGAGAGUUCGUAGUUUCUGCCUUUUGGAUAAAACAGUCCCAUCCCAUCUCAACCCCUCUCCCUUCUCUUAUUUUCCUCUUUCCUUAUUUUUAUAAAGUGGCCAGGGAUAUUUUAAACAGGCAUCUCCUCUUCCUCUUGGUGAAUUCCACUUCUAAUACUCCUCCCUGCACCCACUCCUUGGCUGGGUAGAUAAAGAUAGGCAACCUGAGGACACCACUGCCACUAAAGGAGGUUCACCAGCCUGCUGUGCUGAUCGCGUGUUCAGAGGCUUGCCAGGUGCUGAAGUGCUGUGUGUUAGCAACAUAGGGUGGGGUCUUUUUUUUUAAUCCUAAGGGGAAGGCAUUAAGCCUCUGGUUCCUUUCGUUACAGAUCAGUUUGGGGUUUUUUAUUUUGCUUUGAGGUGGGAAUUGAAACUCCUGGUUAGUUUAUUCCUUUUUUUAUUGGCAAAGUAGGUGUGAUAAUAUUAAAAACUCAAAUCUCCUUGUUUUGUACAUAAUUGAUGGUUAAGUCCUUGUUCACUUUAAAUAAACAAAAAAACCAAAUUUCUCUUUUUUUUUUUUUUCUUCAAUUGAUUAGUGCCUUUUUGGAAAAUUUCAAUAAAAGAGACUCCUGCUUUGUUUUCCUA